UGACCAUAUAUUAUUAUUAUUAUUGUUGUUACCAAAGUUUUUUUUGGUUUAAAUAGGUGUUUUUAGUAUUUGCAUUUAGUAGAGUGAUUUUCAGCUUGUAAUUCCCAGAUAUGAUAUGUAAAAAAUUCACAGCAAAUGAGUUCAUUGAUUUUGAUUUUGAAUUUAGAUUUUUGAUAUGAUCCAAAAGAACAUCAUGGGCAUGUCUCUUUUGGGGGUCAUGAUUACAAUCUAGUAAUAACCAAACAAAGAUCAUAAGAACACCAUCAUCAAUCAGUGCCAGCUGCCUCCCACUGGUGGUACAUGUUGUUGUUGCCCCUUCUCUUUUCUAUGUUGGAAUUCACUUUGUGCAUUCUAGGUGUUUGUUCCAUGUCCUGUGCGAGAGAAGUGUUUGCUUUAACUAACAAUCUUUUGUGAGAGAACAAAAAGCCUUGUCGGUUGUGUAGUCUACACAAGUCCUUCUCUGAAAGCAUUGCAUUAAGAUUUUUAAGGCACUACUUUGGCCUAACCAAUACUCACUCUUCUUCCAAUGGUGGAUCUUGUUUUUAAAUAUUUUAUUUGUAAUAGUAGAAACACUUUUCCUUGUUUCUUUUUCUUCUGCUAAAUAUAUAGACCCUUUUGAAAUCCAACCUCCAAGUACAAAUCACAAUGCUUUACUUCCUUAUAUCUUUUGUGUCCUUUGUGAUCCUUUCCAAGUCCUUCACCAGAAAACCACACUGUAGAGGAGAUAGUAGUGGUGGGGAAUCAAAACUAGUUUCAACUUGGUUCUUGGGGAAUCUUCCAAGUGUGUUGAUUUCUAGGGUCAAGAAAGGAAGCAUUAUUGGUCUUAGUUUUCUUCAAUUCUCUCUUGGAAUGCCGCUAAAGAAGAAGAGCUUGGUGUCUAAUAAAUUGAACAAUAAUGGGGAAAAGGAAAAAAACAUGGUUUCUCUGUUGGAUUUGCCUGAUUUGCCAUUAGAGAUUGUCCUUGAGCACCUUUCACCUGCUGAAUUAUGCCGUGUGGGAGCAGUGUGCAAAUCUCUCAUGGACAGAAGCAGAAGUGAUUAUCUAUGGCAGAAACAGAUGGAGAGAAAAUGGGGUAAAGUGAUAGGUGAUGUUGCUUAUAGGCAAUGGCAAUGCCAUGUAGCUUCAAGAACCAAAGAGAAGAUGUUCAACCAAAGCAAUCAAAGAGGAAUAUUUGCUUCUCUUCGUAGUUUUUCCCCAUUCCUAUGGUUCAAACCAAGAGCAGGAAAGGGUGAUAAUAAGUUAAGGAACUCAUUGCCUGAAGAUUCAACCAUGGCUUUGUAUCUUUCUCUUGAGAGUGGCAUGUUUUGGUUCCCUGCUCAAGUCUAUAACCGUGAGAAUGGUCAUGCUGGGUUCAUGCUUUCAUGUUAUGAUGCUCUUUUGUGCUAUGACUCUAGAACUGACACCUUUCAGGCAAGGUACUCACCUAAUGGAAGAUGGACAACUGAAGAAAACAUACAAUGGGACAGGUUGAGAGUACCACCAAUUGACAAUUCUCCACAUGUUCUUCAUAUCUCUGAUUGUUUAGAUGACUUAAGACCUGGUGAUCAUAUUGAGAUCCAGUGGAGGAGAAAUAAAGAGUUUCCAUAUGGUUGGUGGUAUGGUGUCAUUGGUCAUUUGGAAUCAUGUCAAGGAUAUGCAAACCAGUGCCUUUGUCACAAAAAUGAUAUGGUGAUUUUGGAGUUCAACCAAUACACCCCUGGUUCAAGGUGGAGACAAACCAUGAUAAACAGGAAGCAUCAUAGAGAAGAAGGAAAUGAAAUAGAUGGUUUCUAUGGUGGAAUUAGGAAGCUGCAUAGCAAUGAGGAGAUUACAACGUGGAAAAGCCUCUGGCCAACCAAAACUGUAGAAUGAAUGAGUUGACUCAUAGCUUAGAUCUUUGUAUAUUUUAAUUGUUACAAGGAUGAAUUUGUCAUUGAAUGAUGUCAUUCCUAACAAAAGGUAUAGCAUAGAAAAGAGUACUACAUUGGAUGAAUUUUCACACACUCCUUAACACAGUGUUCAUUUCUAAUACACUUUAUGGAGUGAAAACAUUACAUAUUGUUAAAGAAUUAA